AUGCGCUCAACCAGGAUGCUAUCGUCCAGCCUCCGUGCCUUCAACUGCGCGCUUCCGCGGACAAUGCUCUCACAACCCAAAUCGCGACAUUUCUCUCAGCUUCUCAUACACUCUCUUCAACCUUCACCAGCCCCAUCCUUGAGGCUCCUCCGGACUGGGCUCCCCCAACUCGCCGUCCGAAACAACUCCAGCUCAUCAUCAUCCUCGUCCCCAAACCUCACCGAUCAAAUCCCAGACGCCGCUCAGGACGCAGCCAACGAAGAACAGAACAGGUUACGCCGCGAGCAAGAACCCGCAUAUCAGAUUACAUUCACCUGCAAACCAUGUGGUCAUCGAUCUUCACACCGUAUGUCUAAGCAUGGCUAUCACCGCGGGACGGUCCUCAUCCGCUGCCCUUCUUGUCUCAACCGCCACGUUAUCGCCGAUCAUCUCAAUAUCUUCAUGGAUGAGAAGAGUACCCUCGAGGAUAUCCUACAGCGGGAGGGGAAACGAUUGACUCGUGGUUAUGUUGACGGAGACAUGGAGUUCUGGGAGGAUGGGACGGUAAAGAAGCGCGAGGAAGCGGGUGAGGGCUCGGAGGCGAAGUAA